AUGGCUACUUCACGUCUUGCAAGGUUUGUAUCAGAAGUUGCCCCGCCUCAAUUCGUGACGGUGAUGAGGAGACAUCGAGCAGCGAAGCAGAAGCUAGAUACAAUCAAAGAAGAAGAGUAUAAAGAAGAUGGUUUUAGUGGUGGGAUGAUGAUGACAAUGAUGUCUAAAUAG